AUGAUCAUGAAGUACUCGGCGUCCGUCCUCUUUACUGCCGGCCUCGCUGCCGCGCAAACCAGCGUCGUAAACAUCAUGUUUCCGUUUGUCGACCAGCAAGAUAACGGCGCUUCGGUCAUCUCCGCCGGCCCUACCGCCACCAAGUACUUCAUCGCCUGCCCGCCCGGUACAAGCGACGAGGAUUGCGGGCUGGCAGAAGGUGUCGAGGUUCUCUACGGGCCGUCAACCCUGGAGUACACCAUGACACGGCCGAUUGCUCCGGGGCGGUCAUCUCGGAUCAGGAGAUGUCGACCGUGGUUGAGGUCGUCUCGGGCUACAGCUCCUACAUCAUGCCCGUCACCAUCACCGCCGGGCUCGAGAAGCUCUCGGGGGCCACCAACACGGCCGCACCCGGCAGCUCUGCCACCCGACGUCCCCUCGGCUUCCACCCCAACCACCAUGACCACCGCCUCUGUGCCGACCGGCGCCACCGAGGGCAGCGGCGAGGGCGCGGCCGACCCGACCUCCAGCCAGAGCACCGGCGGCAUGCCCCGCGUUACGCAGAACGCUGUUAUCAUGGGUGCGGCUGCGUUGGUUGGGGGUGCCAUCCUGCUUUAG